UCGAGCAUCGGACUGAUUGAUCAAGGCCAUCGAUUCCGGGGACGCCUUCUUUCGCCUCCCUUCGCCUCCCUUGUGCCAUUGGCUCUGAGGACGGAGAGCUAGGCCAGGUCAUCCUCAAUCUUAUCGCCAUCGGAGCAUCGGAGCCUUUUCCGCCCGGUGUGGUGCUGCUCACGUUUGAGGGAUUGGACCCCGUCUGCCCUUGUGUCCUCGCCGACCCGCUCAUUGGUAUCAACCCCCACGGGUUGAACAGGGUCUGUGUGUUUGUGUGUUUGUGUGAGUGCGUGAGACAGGAUGAACGUGUACGAGUAUUGGAUCAUCUCGGCUCCAGGCGACAAGACCUGUCAACAAACCUGGGAUCGACUCAGUCAGGCCACCAGCAAGCAGCAACUGUCUCCUGCCUGGAAGUUUCACAUCCCUGAUCUGAAAGUAGGCACUCUCGAUCAAUUGGUGGGACUAUCCGAUGAUUUAGCCAAAGUGGACAUAUAUUGUGAACAAGUGACCCGCAAGGUGGCCAAUUAUUUAAGUGACGUUUUGGAAGAUCAACGAGAAAAACUCUUGGAAAACUUGGUGGCCAAUGGCAUGGACUUGGCCACUUACUUGACUCGCUUUCAAUGGGACAUGGCCAAAUACCCCAUCAAGCAGUCACUCAAGAAUCUGUCUGACAUCAUUGGCAAGCAGAUUGGGCAAAUUGAAUCCGAUCUGAAAAAUAAGUCCCAAGGUUACAAUCAAUUGAAAACGAGUCUUCAAACCAUGGAGAAGCGUCAAGGUGGCAACCUUUUAACGCGAAACUUAGGUGAUUUGGUCAAGGCAGAACACUUCGUUUUAAAUUCCGAAUAUCUUGUGACAUUGGUGGUGGUGGUUCCUCACCCUCAACUCAACGAUUGGCAUAACAAAUACGAGUCCCUGACCGAUAAAAUCGUCCCUCGGUCUUCGCAAAUGAUAUUUCAAGACGCUGAAAACGCGCUGAUGACCGUGACGAUGUUCCAACGAGUUGUGGAUGAGUUCAAGCACAAGGCUCGCGAGAACAAGUUCGUCGUGAGGGAUUUCGUCUACAAUCCCGAAGAACUUCAAGCGGGUAAGGACGAAAUAACCAAACUGGCCACGGACAAAAAGAAGCAAUUUGGACCGUUGGUGAGAUGGCUCAAGGUCAACUUUAGUGAGUGCUACAUUGCUUGGAUCCAUGUCAAGGCCAUGCGUGUUUUCGUGGAAUCCGUUCUGAGGUUUGGCCUUCCCGUCAAUUUCCAAGGCAUGCUGCUUAUGCCUCAAAAGAAGACGAGUAAAAAGUUGAGGGACACUUUGAAUCAACUCUAUUCACAUUUAGAUGCUGCUGCAGGAUCCUCUCAAGAGGCUGACGUACCCACUGGCCUUGGAUUUGGACAGGCCGAAUAUUAUCCCUAUGUAUAUUUCAAGAUUAAUAUUGACAUGAUCGGAAAUCAAAGCGUCAUGUAAAGAAGCAUUUAUUUAGAAAUUUGAACUUUGAUUUCCCCUGAUUCUUGUCUCCUUUCCUCAAUCUGUUAUUGCUGAACUGUGAAAACAUCAUUGGAAUAAAUUUUGAAGCAUUUGA